AUGUCGUGUAAUUAUGGGGGUGUGGUGAUUUCCCUGGCUGUGGUGGGUGGGAGGUUCCCGACGGUAGGUGUAUCGGGUCUGCUUCUGGGUGGUGGGCUUUCGUUUCGACAUGGAGUGGAUGGAAUAGGUGCCAUGGGGGUGUUUAAUUACGAGGUUGUUCUUGCGAAUGCCGAGAUAGUGGAGAAUAACGACUUAUUCUGGGACUUGAAAGGUUGUGGGGGGGGUGGUUGUAAUUUUGGAAUCGUAACCAAAGUCGAGAUGACAACAGUUCCCGCCAAGAUCUGGUCCGAAGCCAAAGCAAUAGAACACGAUAACAAGCCUUCUCUGAUCUUGGCCUGUAAUGAUCAAGGCAGUAUACUUGUCUCGGUCUACUGUGAUCCAGUCAAUAAACUUCCGUCUGUCUUUGAGCCGUUUGAGAAUAUCCCAUUCACUUCCCAGAGUCUGUCCAGGGGUGUACAUUCUACCUACGAGCUUUUGGAAGCGAUGGAAGGGUUUUCUGUUCCGGAGCGUGACUUAAGACUAACGAACGUAAUCCGACAGAUAUCUUCAAUAAGCAUUAAGCAAAGCCAGAAAGCUGGCGGAAACCCACUAGGACUGGAGGAGGUCGGCCAGCAAUGGUUUCUAAUGAUGACUAGUAAUUGGAAUAACCCUGCAGACGGAGACCGUGUACGCCAAGCUAUGCGUCACAUUGUAGACGCAGCUGAAACGACUGCAAAAGCGAAUGGGAUGUAUCUUCCCUUCCAGUACUGUAAUUAUGGUUUACGGGGAUCAGGAUUCAUUAGCAAGUUAUGGGACUGA